AUGUCGAAUGAUACUGAAAGUGGCCAGCCGAAGGCUCUUGGAACAAGGCAAGUGACAACAUCGAUAGUGGUCAAUGGUGCAAUCUUUUGUGCGUUUGUGAGUGUUUUCCUAGUGCAGCGGCUGAAGCUGAAAAGAAUUUACGAACCCAAAUCGUCCUUCCAUUUGAUCAACGACGAGAAAAAACCAGAACCGCUGCCUCGAGGGCUAUGGCAGUGGUUUCUUCCCCUGCUCAAAAAAUCGGAUAACUUCAUCAUCCAGCAAGCUGGUUUGGACGGAUACUUCUUCAUAAGGUAUCUUUUCAUCAUGGGCAGUUUCCUUACGUUCUCAUGCCUUUACAUUCUACCCAUCUUGCUGCCAAUCAAUGCCACCAACGGGGUGGCUAAGACAGGAUUAGAAGCUUUGGCGUAUAGCAACGUCGACAAAAAGGCUCGUUAUUACGCCCAUGUCUUCGUUGGCUGGAUUUUCUACUGGAGUUUCAUGUAUGUGGUUUAUCGAGAACUUGUUUACUACACAUCCUUGCGACAAGUGGUGAUGGCGUCUCCACGGUACGCUAAAAAGCUUUCCUCGCGUACUGUUCUGUUCCAAACCGUACCUGACCAAUUUCUAAGCGAGGUGGAGUUUACAAAACUUUUUCAGGGUGUCAAACGUGUGUGGAUCGCCCGGGCAGCCAAGAAGCUUGGCGAAAAGGUCGCGGAACGUGAGAAAAUGGCCUUGAAACUCGAGGCAGCAGAAUGCGCGCUUUUGACUCAAGCGGUCAAGACAGUGGCUAAAAUGAAGAAAAAGGACCCCUCUUUUGUGCCCACCAACAACAUAUCAGACUAUGUUCCCACGAAAAAAAGACCACAGCACCGCCUGAAGUUUCUGAUUGGAAAAAAGGUAGACACGAUAGACUAUAUCACCGAGGAACUGCCUAAGCUCAAUGAUGAGGUGGAGCAGCUGCAAAAAAAUCGGCUGGACGAACGUCCUUUCAAUUCCGUCUUUGUCGAAUUCGACACGCAGUAUGCUGCUCAGAUCGCUACGCAAGCUAUCAUUCACCAUGAACCCCUUGCAAUGGUUCCAGCUCAUAUUGGAAUUGCCCCAAAGGACGUUAUUUGGUCUAACCUAAGAAUGUUUUGGUUUGAGAGGGCGCUUAGAAAGUAUGGUGCAUUAGUCUCCAUUGUGGCAUUAGUGCUCCUCUGGACUUUCCCAGUAGCAUUCGUUGGUAUGAUCUCGCAAGUGACAUACCUCACAAAAAAGCUUCCGUGGUUGAGGUUUAUCAAUAAUCUGCCUGAAAAGCUGCGCGGUAUUUUAACCUCUCUGGCACCUACAGUGGGGCUUGCUAUUUUGAUGAUGCUGUUGCCCAUAUUCAUAAGAAAAAUGGCAUGGGUAGCGGGAAGUCCUUCUGUACAGGCAGUCGAAUACUUCACGCAACAAUCGUACUUCGCUUUCCAGGUUGUUCAAACGUUCCUUGUCACGACGAUCGCUUCUUCAGCUACUGUCGUGAUCCCAGCAAUCAUCUCGAAGCCAACUUCUGCUAUGAAUCUCUUGGCCCAGAACCUACCCAAGGCUUCCAACUUUUUCAUUUCCUACAUUCUUCUGCAGGGUUUUUCGAUUUCAUCUGGUGCGCUGCUGCAACUAGUCACUUUAAUUUUGUUCUAUGUCAUGAGUUUCUUGUUGGAUAAGACGCCAAGGAAGAAAUGGAGCAGGUUUGUUAAUCUAGGCUCGAUGGCCUGGGGCACAGCGUUCCCCGUUUACAAUGUUCUGGCGGUCAUAAUCUUUUCUUAUGCGAUUAUUGCACCCAUCAUUCUGUUAUUCGGAGCUGUAUCUUUCUACCUCUUAUACGUGGCGUACCUUUACAAUCUGACAUAUGUGUUCAAGGAAGCGCCAGACAACAGAGGCAACCACUAUCCUAGAGCACUUUACCAGACCUUUGUGGGUCUUUACAUCGGUCAAAUAUGCCUGUUGGGGCUCUUCAUCGUGGGCAAAGGCUGGGGACCUAUCGUUCUACAGGCCGUCGGUUUGGGUGUGACUACGUUUAUCCACCUCAACUUCAACUCAUCUUUUGAUAGAUUGAUGCGGUACGUUCCAGUUGAUGCCAUGAAACCGCUCGACGGGAUUUCCGACACCCCAUCGUUCAAUAACGAGGUGGGACGUAAAUUGAAGAGCCUGGGUGGCAUUCAGGAACUUCCUCAUUUCCCUAUCAAGAAGUACCAGCCUCGUCAUUCGCCAGCUGUGGACCAAAAGACGACCAGCGUUAGAAGUGAAAACACAUACGAGAUUGAUGGCACCGCAGCGCAAGAAGGUGAAAAUAAUGUGGUGAUGGUGCCUUUGCUAGCGGACGGAGAAGAAGUCAACGUACCACCAGCACCAUUCUGGAAACGUUACUUUCAGCCUCAUGUUUACUUGUCUUACAAGGCAGUUAAGAGCGUCCUGCCGGAAAUCUACAGUCUUCCUGAUCCUAAUGAAGAGUUUCCACCUAAUAAUGUCAGACACGCAUACGAUUAUCCGGCAGUCAGCGCUGAGUGUCCACGUUUGUGGAUUCCUAGUGAUCCUUAUGGGUUUUCCACUGUCGAAGUUUCUAAGCUGGUGCCUAUUGUCGACAUCAGCGACUCUAAUGCCACGAUCAACGAAAAAGGCAAAACAUUCUGGGAGACUGGUCCGCCAUCAACGGAAAAACCUGACGAUUAUAAGAAGAAUCCUUUCAAUGAGGAAGAUGAGGAUUUUUGA